AUGGCAAGAAGAGGUGUAUCAGGGCAGCUCUGUGGCAGCUAUGGAGCUCCUGGGGCAGUGCAGGCUACUGUGCUCUCUCUCCUUUCAGGACCCUCCAUUGUGACUCCCCCCAAGGAUAUCUGGAAUGUCACUGGAGCACAGAUUUACCUGAGCUGUGAAGUCCUGGGAAUCCCAACCCCGGUGCUCAUCUGGAAUAAGAUAAUACGGGGACAAUAUGGUGUCCAGCGGAUGGAGCUCCUGCCUGGGGACCGUGAGAACUUGGCUAUCCAGACCCGUGGUGGGCCUGAAAAGCAUGAAGUGACCGGCUGGGUGCUGAUAUCUCCUUUGAGUAAAGAUGAUGCUGGGGAAUAUGAGUGUCAUGCAUCAAACUCAAAGGGAGAAGCUACAGCCUCUGCAAAAAUCACUGUUGUUGAUGCCCUACAUGAAAUACCUAUAACGAAAGCUGAUGGUGCAGAGCUGUGACAGAGAACUGUAUCAUUGAUGCACAGUUUAAGUUAGCAUUUUGGAAAGCUGCAGUCACUAGGCUUUUCCAGCCCAAUAAUCAGUUCCCUGUCCCCAUUCAUUCAGCCUUCUAAUAUUGUUUUGCUUUCACACUUUAUGCAAACAUACAAAUAAACAGGAUUCACAAUGGA